UUAUCAAUCAAUUAAUUACUUAAUAUUCUUGCUCUUGCUUACAUUAGACUAGUGUACGACAAUAAAACACAACUAGGAUUAGUAGGAUUCUAUGUUUUGGACGGUUUGCUAGGACUACUUUCAAUAAUGAGUAGAAAUAAUUAGACUAGGCCUAUCUAUAACUAUUUUAUUACUGAGGUAGAAGAAGAUACAGGCCUAGGCCUAGUUUGUGUAAAAGCUUGUAACUGUGUCUAGAGCCAAUGAACUGAUGUAAACAAGGUUAGUUAAAAUGGCUGAAGACGAUAUUCCUAUAAAUUUAAAAUUCCAAUCAGAAAACGAUGGUUAUAAAGAAGAUAAAGCAUUUAAUGAAAAAAUAUGGAAGAUUAUUAUGACUCCGCCUGAAUGGUUGAAAGAUUGUGAGUCUAUAUUUAAGUGGGGCCUUUCUCAAGAACGGUUUGAACUAGUGCGUUGGAACAUCCCCGAUAAACUGGGUGAUUAUACAAACCAAGGAGCUUUCUAUGGAUUUGAGAGGUUGGCCUUUUUGUUGGUAUUUGUAUUUCGUAAAACCAAGGAAGAAGAAGCAGAAAAUAUUUUAGAGUAUAUUUGGAAAAAGGCAGAUAGGCCUAAAUCAGAGGAGGAAAGUGAUUCAGAGGAAGAAGAAAGCAAUUCAGAUGUGGAAAGUGAAGAAGAAGAUCCAUUUGAACCAGAAAAAGCAUUUGAGAUGUGUAAACAAACAGUGGAUGAAAUGGCUGCGAGUGAAGAUGAUGUAAUGUACAGUCGCAUUGGACCUGCGUUGCAACACUGUCUGCAGGCAACCAGAGCUCAUAUGUUGUUCUUCAAAAGAAACAUCGCUGAAUCCCAAGAGUUAGCUAGAAACAUUCAACCAACAGAGGAAAUGUCACAAGAAUGCAAAGCAGGAUUUGAAGGCCUUAAAGCAAAACUUAUAAUGUCAAUGGUUCAAAACUAUGAAAUCGUCUUACCGUAUUUGCACAAAGCAAUGGAGCUAGAUCCAGGGUUUGGCUACUGGCCCUAUCUUACUGGGAAAGUGUUAAGGAGAGCUAGAAGAGAGUUUGAUAAAGAUAGGCUGGAAGAAGAGUUUGGAUACUUUAAAAAAGCUGUAUCAUUGGAAAGGAACCCCAAAUUCCUUGUCUUUCUUGGCCAGGCAUAUCAGGAGGUAGCUUUGGAUUUAAUACAUUCCAACAGACCGAGGGAUUCUGUAGACCGUUUACUGGCCAAAUCUGUUGAGUUAUACAGAGAAUGUUGGAGUUUAAAGAGUGACUCUGCUGCAAUAGCUCGUCGGGUUGGCAAUGGGUUGCUUAAAAUGCGAACAGAACAAACUGAUCUUACUGUGGCAAAGCAAGCUUUAUUGAAAGCAGUUGAACUCUCACAUAAUAAUUGUACACACAUAAGCCUAGGAAAGUUUUAUUACAAUCAUGAAAAGGAUGAUGAAAAAGCAUUAGAACAGUUUUCCAAAGCACACCCAGGUGAUUUUGGAACUGCUGAAAUAAUUCGAUUGAACCUUAUUAAAGAUCCUAAUUAUGAUCCACUUGAUAUUAUGCAAGUCUGGUUAAAAUUAGCAGACAAUGCAGUAAAGCAGUACAGAUCUUUCUGUGAUGCUGUUUGGUAUUACUUAACCUUCAAGAGAGAUGUGCUGUCUGCUGCAAAUUAUUUGUGGAGGGUUUUGGAAGAGGAUGAUAAAUUCAUCAGAGCUAAAAGAGCUGUAAAUUAUAUUAGCUACGCAUUUUGUGUUGGAAAACCAAUCAAUCUAAUAGAGCUUACAGUAAAUGAGAUUUUACUAGUUAAAGAGCAAAAUCAAAGCCAAUCUCUUAAACCUCAAGACAUGAAAUUACUUGAAAGUAUCCUCCAGAAAUUAUUGGAGAAGUAUCCUGAUUGCAACACAACUCCUAGACCAAAUAUGUUGGAACAUCUGAAGAGAGAGGUCGAUGAAAUAAUCUCUAGUAAAAGAAAAUGGCGCUAUGGAUACAAUAACAGACGCAGAGAAACAAAAUCACUUUCUGAAGAACCAGUGAACUGGCGGAGUGGUCCUCAUCAAGAUCAACAGAAUCACGAACACUACGGAAACAGGAGGCCUUACAACAGCGAAAAUAAUAGGAGGUAUGGCAUGAGGAACAGCUUCACUGUGGGAGAUGAGGACCGAAGAAACAGAGGAUUUGGGGACGAUCGUAGGAGAAACAGCGAGUCAGAGCCUGGCACGAGCUUUGCUAGAACUUCAGGUAUGACACAAGGUACAAAAGACAGAACUGAACCCAACAGUAGGUUCAGCAACCGGGGUAGAAAUGACCGACAGUACAACAACUACAAUAACAACAGAUAUGAUGUCACAGUAACAGACUGGCGCAGUGAAAAUAGGAAGCAUUAAGCAAAAUAGAAAAUAUGAUGUCGUUUUUAAAUAUUGGUUCAUAGUACGGUUCAAAAUGCUGAACAAAACUCCAUCAUAGCAUAUUUUCUGUACCACCUAAGAUAUUUUGUGACAAACUGUCUCCAACAUUUUGGUCAAACGACAAUUUCUCGAAGUCACAUUUGUGACAUACUCGUUUUAGAUUGAUAUGUAGCCAAGCCUAUUUAAAACUGUUGAUUCUGUUCUUAAGUAAUCCUCAUCCAGGAAAAUGUGCUAUGAGUUAGUGAUGUUUAUAUUCUAUUACUUGUGCCAUAUUAGUGAUAUAUCAGGGUAAUUAAACAACACAUGUUUGUUGUGCUCUUUUAAGUCUGAAAACAGCAGAAUAGCAUCAGUUUAGUGCUUUAGCUCUUGUGAUAAAAUGUUAAAUUAUUUCUUCUUCAACUUUGGUCUUAUGAAAUAUAGUUACCUCUCCAAGUCUUGAUACUGUGUGAUAGUAGCCCAUCAGUGCCUUCUUGCCUCUUGCAACUGCCUGAAAUGUUCACACUCCAAGUGAAACUCUGAUAAGACGCUUAGUUUGAAGUUUUAACUGUUGUAGAAGACUCAACACUGAUAAUUUUUAUGGCAGUUAUUCAGUAGGUAGUUUUUGCUUUCCCAUAAUUAUAAAAAUUAAAAGCUAUUCUCUUCUCUAUCCCUAAUUAUUUCUUUUACUUUUAUUUGCACUUUUGAAGCUUUCUAGCACUUAUAUUUUGUAGGUAUUCCUGGUUCAAGACUUUACAUUUAUGUUAAAGAAUUCUUAACCCUUUUUUGUUGCCUCUGUUCUUAAAGUAAUUGUAAAAUUACUCUAUGCUCAUUAUGCCAGCUUGUGUCAUUCUUAGGGGUCUUCUUAUGCUAUCACACUAACACUAUUUUAUAUAUUUAUACACGUCAUUUUGACAUGUUUAUUGUGGUCGGGUUGAUUUAUUUACUCAGCUAAGGACACGUGAAAGAGUCAGGUUGGUGGAGGAUGGAGGUUCUUUCUCGGACUGGAGUUGUAAUUUGGGGUGUUUAACGGCUGAUUUUGGGAAUUUCCAGUUUUAUGUUCAGGCGGAUGCGAUCCAAAAAUUAAUAUCUUUCUAUAGAUGUUUCUAUUAAAUAUCUUUGUGGCGUUACCUAAUUUAUAUGCAAACCAUCUACUUACUGUUUAAAAUAGAUUUAUGUAGACAUGUUUGUUUGUACAGGGCAUUUUUUUUUAGUUUUUAACGCAAUCCAAAUAAUUACAACCACUGUUAGACAGUAAACACUUUGUAACGUCAUUGCUAGCUUAUAUGUUGAUCCCUGAUUUAUUUACCUCAUUGCCAAUCAGCUAAUAUGUAUUGGUGUUUAGAUACCUUUGAGAAUUUUUUGUAAAUGAGACUCAACAUGGCAUUUUUGUAAGCUAAAAUAUGUAUUGUAAAUAUGCAGGCUUUUUCCUACAGAUCCAAUUUCCUCGGGUUUUUUACAAUUCUAUGAAUACUGUAGUUUAUUUGUUUUGUACUGGAAUCACACAUGGAAUCUUAAUUUCAAACCUUAACGUAAAACCAAUGAUUUACUUUUAAUGUACAAUACAUACUAUGAUUUUGUGAAAACCCCAUGUUGAGUUUAAUUCAUAAUAAUUUCCCAAUACCACUAAAACUCAUAAAGCAUUCAACAAAUCGUAUUUAUUAGCUGAUUGUCCAUGAAGUAAAGAAAACAGAUAUACCGAGUUUUGUCAUUAAAAAGAUUCUUACGGUACUUGAAAUUUGGGUUGCUUUUUUUUAAAGAAUAGCCUAUUUUUAAUAUUAAUGUUAUCUAAAUGAAGAGUUUUUGAGGAUUGGAGAUAUUUCUCUUAUCUUGUAUUUAAAACUUGGAUGCAUGAUAUUUACCUAUGUACCUAGGGUAUUUUAUAUGUUUUUUACAGUGCAUUGUUGAAAAUGAAUUUUAUAUGACAUUUUCCAUUAGGUACUUUUUUCAUUACAACCGCAAUUGCAGUGUUGCCGUUUUGCACGUAGUUACAAUUCUGCGCGGAUUAGGGUUGUGAGCGGAUUUUGCACGGAUUUCACCCAAUUAUAGUUUUUAAACAUAUUUAGGAAUUUCAAGGAUAAAUCGGGACACCUUGUACUUUGUGACCGAAGAGGAGUACUAUAUGAGUAGGAGCUAAUGAUUAUAAUAUAGUGCAUUCAUGAAUGAUCGAUGAUGUUUUUUUGUUUACCAUUUAUUGUUCUCUUCACUUCUACGCCUACUCAAUUUGUCACUUGAUUUAAUUGUUUUAGGGAUAUUUUACUGGGCGUUCUAGUGAUUUUCCUCUAGACGUUGGUUGGUGGCAACACUACUUAUCUAAUCAAACAGAAACAAAACAAACCACCAACAUAACAUAACCUUUAAAUAAAGAUAUAUUGCAUUUUAUUGAUUUCUGAAACUUCUUUUGACUUGUCUUGCUAUAGGUAAAGUUUGUUCAGAACAAUAACUUAAGUUUAAUAUGUAAUUUUAAAAAAUUUUUAUUAAUAGUAUUAUAUUUUUUUACUGAAUAUUUUGUUGUAUCUGUUCAAUAACUUAUCAUGCAGGUACUGAAAGCACGCAUCAAGUGUAAAUAUCCUGUUAUAUAUUUUGCGUGUUACAUUUCGUUAUAGGUGAAAAAAUUAUAAUGGAAAACUUGUUUUCUAGCACUAUAUGUGAUGUGGAAAGCAGAAAAGGGACCUCUGGUCGGCCCUAUGUUAUUCCUCCAUAAGAUAAGAAAAUGUACCUCUUGUCGGGACCACAACAUUUGUGAGAUAUUUUGUUCUCCAUAAACUGAACUUUGUUGUAAUUCUCUAAAUUUCCUCCAGAAUGCAGGACAAUUCAUUUUUUGGCCUAAAAUCUGUUUAAAAAGUGAAUAUUAGAAAUGGGACCUCUUGUCGUUAUGGCGAAAUAACAUUGAGCGAAAAGAGGUACCUUUUCUCAGACCGUGCAGAGGCUACAAAAUGAUUUAUUUCGACCUUUUAUGUCUUCAAUUCGAUAUUUUAACCGAUACUGUCCUGUUCUAUGAUAAAUGAGAUAUAACAAUCGAUAAAAACCCGAAUUUCGAUAUUUUCGACCUUAAUUACUUAUAUCGGCCGUACUGAAAAUUUUGCAUCGCCGACAAGAGGUCCUUUUUCGCUUUCCACAUCCCAUAUUAUUAGACUCAGGUUAAUUUACAGAGUACACAUAUUUUAAACGUAUUGUGCAAGGAUUAGUGAAGGAAAAGCGGGAUUUUUAUGCUUGUGAGGAGGAAUUUCUUCCGGAGCUGUGUGGCAACACUGCACAAUUGCCUAGGUGCCUAGGAUAAGACUGGUUAAGUUUGUUUUGUCAUAAAAAAGAUUCUUAUGGUACUUUUAAUUUGGGUUGUGUUUUUAAAAAGAAUAGCCUAUUUUUAAUAUUGAUAUGUUAUUUAAAUGAGGUUUUAUUUAUUUUAUCUAAGUCGGGAGUUUUUUAAUAAUUGGAGAUAUUUCUCUUAUCUUGUAUUUAAAACUUGGAUGCAUGAUAUAAACCUAUGUACCUAGGGUAUUUUAUAUGUUUUAUACAAGGCAUUGUUGAAAAUAAAUUUUAUAUGACAUUU